AUGGGCAACAUCUGCUCCAGCUCCAAAAACCAACCCUCCGCCUCCUCCCAACCCGGCCGCGUCCUCGGCUCCUCACAACACCCGCCCUCCGCCGCCCCGCGCGCCCCGCUCCCCGCAAAAUCAAACCGACAAGCAAACUGGAAAUCGCCGGGCCGGACGCUCGGCGACAGUGACGGAGACACGGCCGAGGGUGCAGACGCUGACCGCGCGGAUGCGCGCACGAACGCGGCCAUAGCGGCGCAGAAUCGGGCAGAGUCGGCGGCCGGGGCGCAGAAGGGGAAGUUAGGGUCGAGGCUUGCGGCGCAGAAGGCACAGACGCAGGCGCAGACGUUGAGUGAAGCGAGUCGGGAGCAGACGGCCGUGAGGAAUAUGGAUCAGGCGAGUGAGGCGACGAGGUGGAAUUGA